AUGGCGAACGCCAACAUGACUCCGAUGCCUUUUGUGCGAAAAUUUGGAUCUGCGAGUACAACUGCAUCAACAGAUCGAAGUUCUCCUACUUCAAGGGACGAUGAUUCAGGUAAACAGUCACUUUCUGCGUUAGCACAAUCUGCAUUCCCAUCUAGAUACGACCCAAAUGCGUUUGUCGAUAUCUCUGGCGCUGCCAUAUCGGCUCCAACUGUCACAGGAGCAUGCAAAAGAUGUGGAUAUCCUGGACAUCUGUACUUCCAAUGCCGAAAUCACAUUCAAGUUAAACCGAAUCAAUCAACAAAGGCCUACGAAGUCAGUUCGACGUCAUCUGAAUCGAGUGCCGAUGAGACGCCGCUUGUCGCUCUGGAAAAAGAGAAAGAACGAAAGAAGUUGAAGAAGUUGAGAAAGAAGGAACGUAAGGAGAGAAAGCAGGAAAAGAAGGCCAAAAAGAAGCUUGCUCGAAAAGAAGCCAAGAAGAGACGCCGUGAUUCCAGCUCUGAAAGUGAUUCUGAUUCUGAUGAUGAUCACAAGAGAAGGAAAAGAAGCAAGAAGAGCAAAAAGGAGAAAAGAAAGCGUCGGCACUCGUCUUCAUCGGAUUCGGAUUCGGAUACAGACUAUGAGCGUCAUGACUCAAAACGUCGUAGAAGAUCAUAA